CAUGGAGGAUCGUGUUUUCUCUUCGGUUCACUCCACGGUUUUCAAGGAAUCCGAAUCAUUGGAAGGGAAGUGUGAUAAAAUCGAAGGUUACGAUUUCAACCAGGGAGUGAAUUACCCGAAGCUUCUCCGAUCCAUGCUCACCACCGGAUUCCAAGCCUCAAAUCUCGGCGAAGCUAUUGAUGUCGUCAAUCAAAUGCUAGACUGGAGACUGGCUGAUGAAACUAUAGUAUCUGAAGAAUGCAGUGAAGAGGAGAAAAAUUCAUCGUACAGGGACUCUGUGAGGUGUAAAAUCUUUCUGGGUUUCACUUCGAAUCUUGUUUCAUCUGGUGUUAGAGAUACAAUUCGAUAUCUUGUUCAGCAUCAUAUGGUUGAUGUUAUAGUCACUACAACUGGUGGCGUAGAGGAAGAUCUCAUAAAAUGCCUUGCACCCACAUUUAAAGGUGAUUUCUCUCUGCCCGGAGCUUAUCUGCGCUCAAAGGGAUUGAACCGAAUUGGGAACUUGCUGGUUCCAAAUGAUAACUACUGCAAAUUUGAGGAUUGGAUCAUUCCCAUCUUUGACGAGAUGUUGAAAGAACAGAAAGAAGAGAAUGUGUUGUGGACACCUUCAAAGCUGUUAGCGCGGUUGGGAAAAGAAAUAAACAACGAGAGCUCAUACCUUUAUUGGGCAUACAAGAUGAAUAUUCCAGUAUUCUGCCCGGGGUUAACAGAUGGCUCUCUCGGUGAUAUGCUGUACUUUCACUCCUUUCGUACCUCUGGCCUCAUCAUCGAUGUAGUGCAAGAUAUCAGAGCUAUGAACAGUGAAGCUGUCCAUGCAACUCCAAGAAAGACAGGGAUGAUAAUCCUUGGAGGGGGCUUGCCGAAGCACCACAUAUGUAAUGCCAAUAUGAUGCGUAACGGUGCGGAUUACGCUGUAUUCAUAAACACAGGGCAAGAAUUUGAUGGGAGCGACUCGGGUGCACGCCCUGAUGAAGCAGUGUCCUGGGGUAAAAUAAGAGGAUCCGCUAAAACCGUUAAGGUAUACUGUGAUGCUACCAUAGCAUUCCCUUUGUUGGUUGCGGAAACAUUUGCCUCCAAGAGAGAACAAACCUGUGAGCCCAAGACUAUUGCCUAAGUUUUCUCAACUUUUAAGUGAUUCAGAUUGUAUUCGAUUAGAUACACGAGUCUUGUGGUCAGUGAUUCGUCGCCUUUAGACAAUAUUCGAUAUCAACACUAGUGACUGUGGUUCGGUGAUAUGUUGAUGCCCAAAAUCAAAACAUUAUCAAAGCUGUUCCAGUGGGGAAAUCUCUUUGUAGUGUUGAUAAAUUAAACCGAUGUAAUGAAACAAAAUUGGAUAAUGAAAAAUAGUUGUUUGA